GUCUACGGGCGACAAACGACCGUUCGUCUUCUGGCUGUAAAUAUCGAGCGGCGCAUCCAGGAACUCGAACCAGAGAGAAGCUCCCAACCCCCACCAAAGGCGGGCCCCACAGCAGCUCAACUUAAACUGGUUGUAGUUAUUUAUACAGCGCUUGUUGUUAUUGGCACCUGUUUCCGCGCGGCCGUGCAUGUGCUGGGCAUGGGCACUCUCAACCGCGCCCUCAAGUGCCUGUUUGACCAUGCGUACGCGGGCGAAAAGCUCCCGCCGUACGACCAGGAGGAUGCCUGGCGUCAUGCAAGUGUAAAGGUUUUUGGUGUCGUUGCCGCUUCUUCCGGUGCAGACCCCAAAGUGGGCAUCACGUGGCGUGACCUGUACACCUACCUUUCACGCAACAUCCCGGGCGGCGCCAGCGCCAAGGCGGUUGACGCGCUGUUCCACAGCCUGGACCGCUCCUCCAAUGGCGCCGUCACGGCAGACGAGUUCACAGAGGUGGUCAUGAAGAGGCUGGGCACCAUGCGCGAGGAGCGGGAGCUGGAGUCGCGGCUGGCUACGGCGGUGCCGCGCAUCCACGUGGUGCCCGGCUCCAACCGCCUCAACUUCCUGGCCAAGACAGAGGCGUUCAAGGUGCAGGUGGUCACCCGUGCCUGGGUCCGUGACCUGGGCGCCGCCUGGGCCGAGAUGGACUUGGACGGCGAUGGCAAGGUGUCCGCCGCCGACCUGCGGAGAUACUUCGGCCGCGUGCAGCCCGGCCUGCUGGCCUUCCUGCCGUCCAUAUUCCGCGCCAUCGAGAGCCGCAGCUUCGCCAGCGGGCGCAGCGCCAGCGCAAGGCCCGGAAGCAGGGGCGCCGGAGGAAGCGGCGGCGCCGGAGGCGGCGGCGGCGGCGGCGGCGGCGCCAUCACUUUCCAGCAGUUUCUGAAGGCGUUGUACCCGGAGGCCUCGCUGUCGGACCUGCGCACGCUGCAGGCCAUGGCCGCCGACCGCAAGAGCCGGGCUGUGGCGGCGGCGGAGGCGGUGGCCAACGACAAGCUGCUGGCAGAGAUACAGGGGGUCUUUGUGGUUUUCGACGAUGACCAGAGCGGCGAGCUGGAUGAAGACGAGUUCGUCAGCGCGAUGGAGCUGACAGGGCACACAGCGGCGGAGGCAAAGGGCAUCUUCCAGCAGAUCGACGCGGACGGCAGUGGCGCGGUGUCGUGGGACGAGUUUCGCAAGUGGUACACCAGCAGCUAUGCGCGCUACAUGGAGGAGAGCCAGCGCCGCAUGCUGGACGAUGAGGCAGAAGCGCCGUUCGGGUACGACGACGCAUAGGGACCGGAGGGCGGGCGGGGGCUUGUGAGAGGGCCGAGGAGGGAUUGCUGGAGGGUGUCCUGGCCAACAGCGGGGAAGAGGGUGGCGGCGCAGUGAGGAAUCGGCAGGAGGGAUGGGGCGGCGGAGCGGAGGAAUACAGCAGGUCUUGGAGCAAUAGGCGUGGGUGUACAGUAGUGGCAUUAGGCUUAGAGCACGGCCAAGGCGGACGGAAGGCGCGUCUGUACGCGUUCGGCCAGCGCGCCGCUGCAGGAUUGGUGCGGGGCGUUUGUGCGGCGCCGGCAUGUGCAGAAUAGCAUGCGUGCUAUGUUCAUGUGCAAUGCAUGCCAGGUCGACGUGGAGGGGCGUCCUGCAGGGACUGGUUAAGCAUGCAUGCAUGAGUGUGUGCGCAUUGUGGGGCCGCUGCAAUGCGGACGGAGUGAGGGGGGACGUGUCAAAGCGCAGGCGUAGUACGGUAGGUGACGUGCGCGUGACGCUUUAAACUGAGUACUGUAUGUACUGCUACUGGUACAUCCGAUGGGUCGUUAUUUACGUGACACUAUUCAUGUGACCGUACUGAUCCGGCACGUCAACGGCAGUCGGCAGAUCGCCUCAGGAGUGGAUUGUUUGUUUUACUGAGAUCAUACUCUGCAAUCUUCUCUGUUUGUGUGCGUGAGGGCGACUGUGUGUGUGUUUGUGUGUGUGUGUGUGUGUGUGUGUGUAUGUGUGUGUGUGUGUGUGUGUGUGUGUGUGUGUGUGUGUGUGUGUGUGUGUGUGUGUGUGUGUGUGUGUGUGUGUGUGUGUGUGUGUGUGUGUGUGUGUGUGUGUGUGUGUGUGUGUGAGAGAGCAUGUGAGCAUGUGACCGCGUCAUGUUGAAGACGUCAACAGAGACCAAACUUUGUUCUGGACGUGGGUUUGCGUAAGUCCUUCUUCCUCUUUCUUAUACUGCUACCGUAUCUUCUGUUCGUGUGUUGGCUGGUUGUCUUUCCAUACCUUGGGGCUAAGGCCUGUGGUGGGCCACCAUAUAUCUUGUCUGUGUGGCGUGAAACAAUCCAUAAAUGGAGAUGUACCGGUGGAUGCUGGAUCCGUCGCAUGCGGUGCCUUGUUGUAAGGCGUUCGGAUGUUCGGCUAUCGCCCCUGACUGAACGAAGCCAUGGUCCUGCACUCCUACGCCUGCUCAGACAGAAAGUUUCGUGAGGCGGUGCAGGCACGCAGGCAGUCAGGAAGAGUCUGAGAUAGACCCCUAGACAUGCUCACUUCGUCAUCGACACAACAGCAACCGGCUCAGGUACGACCAUGCGUGAACGCAAGCGCGAAUCCCAUUGCAACCACAAAGUGAUGAUGAUGUGUUACAGAGGUGGAAGUGUGCGUUCCUGAACCUGUAACCGAGCCGCAAGGGCUUCUCGUCUCUCCUGUUUGCGUCACAAAGUGCCAGACUGCCAUGCACCGAGCUGUCCAAGCGUGUCCAAGAGGCAUCCGUGGCUCAUGGGCACUUCAGCGUGGGCGCGUGGCACCCAGGGGAACUGGUGGCACCACAACUCCACAAGAACUCCGAGCUCAAUUCCACAGGCAUGAGGGGUGGGCAGGGCAGCUAUUCUGGCUCGUGAACUGCGUCAGCAGGCCCCUCUUGUAACCAAUGCAAUCUAUUCUGGUGUCCGCGGAGGGCUGGAAUUGAAAAUCUGCAUCGGACGAGGCAGACCAGCAAUGAUGUGCCGAAGGUUUCGUGGGCGGCACUAGGCGGCAGACCACAGGCAGGCGUGGGAGUGCCCGCUGCGGACAGGCGGAGGUUACAUGUGCCCACGCCGUGUUGAGAGCACACAUUAGCUCCACUACCGUCAAGGAUGCGCAGGGACUACGCGCAGGGUCAUGCUGCUGGAGCUGGAAGGGUGAGAACUUGUGAGAGGGGAAAACGGGGCAACCUGCCCAGAACCUUCUUGUAACAUGUGACAGCCCAUGCCAAUUCAGUUUAUUUUGCGGAAGACGCUACGCCAUUUGCUGCCGGUGUAGCGGGAGGCUUGGAUGAAUGAUGCGCACUGAAU